GGCCUCAUGCAGGGGAGACUAUAAGCCUGAGAGGACGCUUCCUGGGCCCAGUCCAGGCAAGCGGGAGAGGACAUGGCAGCCCUGCAGGAGAAGAAGUCAUGCAGCCAGCGCAUGGCCGAAUUCCGGCACUACUGUUGGAACCCGGACACUGGGCAGAUGCUGGGCCGCACCCCAGCCCGGUGGGUGUGGAUCAGCCUCUACUACGCAGCUUUCUACGUGGUCAUGACAGGGCUCUUUGCCUUGUGCAUCUACGUGCUGAUGCAGACCAUCGACCCCUACACCCCAGACUACCAAGACCAGUUAAAGUCGCCGGGUGUGACCUUGAGACCUGAUGUGUAUGGGGAAAGAGGACUGCAGAUUUCCUACAAUGUCUCUGAAAACAGCUCCUGGGCUGGCCUUACACACGCCCUCCACAACUUCUUAGCAGGCUACACCCCGGCGUCCCAGCAGGGCAGCAUCAACUGCACCUCCGAAAAGUACUUCUUCCAGGAGAGCUUUGCCGCUCCAAACCAUACCAAGUUCUCCUGCAAAUUCACUGCAGACAUGCUGCAGAACUGCUCAGGCCUGGUGGACCCCAGCUUCGGCUUCGAGGAGGGGAAGCCCUGCUUCAUUAUUAAAAUGAACAGAAUCGUCAAGUUCCUUCCCAGCAACACCACAGCCCCCCGAGUGGACUGCACGUUCCAGGAUGAUCCCCGGAACCCCCAGAAGGACACUGAGCCCCUGCAGGUCGCGUACUACCCACCCAAUGGUACUUUCAGUCUCCACUACUUCCCCUACUAUGGCAAGAAAGCCCAGCCCCACUACAGUAACCCUCUGGUGGCAGCAAAGUUUCUCAACAUCCCCAAGAACACAGAAGUCCUCAUCGUGUGCAAGAUCCUGGCAGACCAUGUGACCUUCGACAACCCCCAUGACCCAUAUGAAGGGAAAGUGGAGUUCAAACUCACAAUACAGAAGUAAGGAGCUGGAGUGGUCAGCCACACCUACAGACGCCCAGCCGGCCACUCCCCCUUGACUGCACGCCCUCUGCUGGCCGGCGCGCAGCCACCUCAACAUGAUCCAGAGCUGACACCACCGCCCAUCUGUUGACACCAGGAAGUGCUCCUGUCCAGCACGCCCCUGAACACCAUCAGCUUUCUACUAAAUCCAAUCCGAUUGUAGCUGUGGGGUUAACACAAGAACCCAGAGUCCUGUCAUCACUGAAGAGACCCCAGGGUGACCCGUCUGUCGGUAUCACCGCCCUGUGAUCACCUGUCUUUCCUGAACUUCGAUAUGAACUAAGUGUAACACUGGUCACCCCAGCAUGACACAUUCCCAAUUUGUGCUUCUGA